UUUUUUUUUUUCUAAUUUUUGGAAGGUAAGGGAAUUCUCCCCUCGCCUUCAUUCAGGUUCAGGGAAGCAAAAAAAUGGAGCAAGAGAAGGAGAAGGAGAAGGAGAAGGGGAAGGGAAGCGAAGAGAGAUGGAGCGGAGCCAUAGCUAAUCUGACGGAGAUGGCUUCCAAUCUCGAUUCUCUCCAGAAACUACUACUCAGGAAAGCCGUCUUUGUCGACGAAGAGACCUUCGCCAAAGCUUCUCUUACUUCCGAACAAGCCCGAACAAUUAAGGUUCUUGAACAAAGGGUGGAGAGGCUGGAAAGAGAGCUGGAUGCUGCCAUUUCAGCUGCUGCGCGUGCUCGUGCAGAAAAACGGCAGGCUGAAGCAGGGCAAAAGGCUGCUGAAUUGCGUGCCCAAGAGGUCACAAGAGAGCUUGAGAACACCACAAGUAUGUAAAGUUUAUGAUUUUGUUCUAUUUGAUAAAAGAUAUAAAAAGGGGUAAAGACCAUCUAUCCCUUAAGGUAACAUUAAUGUCAGGUAGUUCUUCUGUAAACCAUUGAGAGUCUUGUUAUAGGAUUAUCCAAGAAGUCGUAGUCAGCUGUCAGCCUUGCACACACAGUUAUUAAAAAUUGAGAUGACUGCCUUUUUUGUCACUUUCACAAAAGGGAUGGAAUGUAUACUAGAAAUUGGAAGAAUGAUUGCUUUUACCAUUCUGUAACUUUGACAAAGGCCUGUCACAGAUCAAACAUGUCAAAUAUGUUCUUUACCAAAAAAAAAAAAAAAAAAAGAAGAAAAAAGAGGAGGCUGAGUUGUGAUAUCUGUUUUUUAUAAAUGUUUAAAUUCUCACAAAACUAGUUUCUUCAAUGGAACUAUUUUGGUUGUUGCCCAUGUUUUGUAUUAUAAAGACAGCUAAAUCAGCUGCUGUGUAAUAUCUUUUCCAACUUUGUAUCAUCGAUGGUAUGUUUAAAGUCUGUCUAAAUUUGUGUGUGUGUAUGUGUGUGAGCGCACGCGUGCGUGUGCGUGUUUGUUUUGACCUUUGUUUUGCUGUUUUCAUAAACAUGGGCAUUGGACUGCUUUUCCUCACUGAACCUGGUUAGUCUUCCCCUGUAAUUGGCUGGCUCCUCUGAAUGUUAUGCAUAACAAGAGAAAUUAUAGAGAAUUACUUGCAAUGGAGCCAUUGUCACAUAGAAACUAUUUCUACAAAACUUGAUGCAUGAUCAAAUUUUGAUAACAUUAAUUGAGAUCCCCUUUAGCGUAUAAACUUAACUCUUGUUGUGGUUACUGGACCAAUUUUUCUUCUCCUUGCUAGCCCCAUUUUUUCCCCUUUCUUUCUAGAAUGAACUUUGAAGACAAUUGAGCAAUUUGAGUGUCAUAGAUAUUUUUGUUCGUGCUUGUAGGCAACCUAGGUUGUGGCUUGUG